AAAAAGGAAUCCCCAAAAAAAAAAAAAAAAUAUUUAAGGAAGAAAGAAAGCGAAGUCCUCUGUUCCUUGGGAAGAAAAUGGAGAACGUUGAAGAGGAUUACAAUCUCUAUUGGGAAACGAAGAUGUUCUUCCAGAAUGAAGAAUUUGACAGCAGUUGGGGAUUCGACGAAGGGAACGAAGCGAUCUCUGGAUACUAUGAUUCAAGUUCUCCAGAUGGAACAGCGUCAGCUUCGUCGCCUGCUGCGAAGAAUAUUUUAUCGGAAAGGAAUCGGAGGAAGAAGCUCAAUGAGAGGCUUUUUGCACUUAGAGCAGUUGUCCCCAACAUUAGCAAGAUGGAUAAGGCAUCCAUAAUUAAAGACGCAAUCGAGUAUAUCCAAGAGCUGCAAGAUCAAGAGAAGAGAAUCCAAGCUGAAAUAAAAGAGCUUGAAUCGGGAAAAUUGAAGAAGAAUCAGUACAGUACUGAUUCUGAAAUCCAAAAUCCAGUUCGUGUGAGAUCGAAAAAGAAGAGAAUUGAUCAGAGUUUUGGGUCUGGAGGAUCAAGAAGCCCUUCAGUUGAACUCUUGGAGCUUAGGGUUUCACAUGUAGGGGAGAAGACAUUAGUUGUGAGCUUAACCUGUGGGAAGAAAACAGAUACUAUUGUGAAGCUUUGCGAGGUUUUUGAGUCAUUGAAGCUUAGAAUCAUCACAGCCAACAUCACUGCCUUUUCUGGAAGACUAUUGAUGACGGUGUUCGUUGAGGCUGAUGAAGAGGAGAAAGAUCACUUGAAGAUGAGGAUUGAAGCAACCAUAUCAGCUCUUAGUGAAACACAAAGUUCUAUGAGCUAUUAGUGACAUGUGACUCUUCCUUGCAUCCCCAAAUCUUCUUUCGUGUCUUGUUAGUUGUUACCCCACAGGCUUUUUAGUUCUAGGAUUUUUGUUCUAUCUUCAUCGAGAUUAAUCUUGAUUUUAAUAAUUUUUAAGAUCACAUCCAACGAAUCCAUGAAGAUUUUCCUCUUUAGUUGAUGGGCGCUUAUGUCGUAGGUUUUUUUUUCCUUUUUCACUUCCCCUGUUAUUAAGUGAAUGUCUAUUGAAAAAAAAAAAAAAUAGAUGCAAUGAAUAUGUCUAUUCACAAA